CAGGAGAGGGACCCGGAGCGCAGGGAGGCGGCGGCGCGGGCGAGCGGCGAGGAGGAGGAGGAGGAGGCGGGGGAGGAGGGACUGAGCGAUAGCUACAAGGGCGACGGCGUGGAGACUGGCAGCGGCCGGGAGGAGAAAGAGCAGGAGGCGGCGGCCGGGUGGGAACGCAGCGAGGACGCGCGGCUGCUGCGCGCAGGGCUGCCUCCCGCCGCCGUCCCCGCCGCGGCCGCCCGCGACCCGAGCGGACGCCGCCCGCCAGGGACGCCGCCUGGCCGUCCGAGGAUGCGGCCGCCGGGCGACCAGGACCGCGCGCGCCGCCGCAGCCGCCGCCGGCGGAGGGACCUUCUGCUGAGCCAGCUCUGCUUUCUGGCCUCGGUGGCGCUGCUGCUCUGGUCGCUGUCGAGCCUGCGAGAGCAGAAGGAACUUGACCUCAUGGAUCUCAUCGGGGACGAUAGAAAAUGGAUGGUGGGGAGGAAGCUGAUGCAAGUGAAUGAUACACUGACUUCUGAAGAUUCAGGUCUCCGGAGCAUCAAGAACUGCACAGAACCAGCCCUGCAUGAAUUCCCCAGGGACAUCUUCUCCAAUGAAGACCGACGACAAGGAGCGGUGGUCCUCCACGUGCUCUGUGCCAUGUACAUGUUCUAUGCACUGGCCAUCGUGUGUGAUGACUUCUUCGUCCCAUCCUUGGAAAAGAUCUGUGAGCGCCUCCACCUCAGUGAAGAUGUGGCAGGAGCCACAUUCAUGGCAGCAGGUAGCUCGGCCCCGGAGCUGUUCACAUCGGUCAUAGGAGUCUUCAUUACGAAGGGCGAUGUGGGAGUUGGCACCAUCGUGGGCUCUGCUGUGUUCAACAUCCUGUGCAUCAUUGGCGUCUGUGGGCUCUUUGCAGGGCAGGUCGUGGCGCUUUCCUCCUGGUGCCUGCUGAGGGAUUCCAUCUACUACACGCUGUCUGUGGUCGCACUCAUUGUGUUCAUUUACGAUGAAAAAGUUUCUUGGUGGGAAUCUCUAGUCCUAGUGCUGAUGUACCUCGUCUAUAUCGUCAUCAUGAAAUACAAUGCAUGCAUACACCAGUGCUUCGAAAGGAGGACGAAAGGUGCCGGCAACAUGGUCAAUGGAUUGGCCAACAACACUGAAAUUGACGACAGCAGCAACUGUGACGCCACUGUGGUGCUACUCAAGAAAGCCAACUUCCACCGCAAAGCGUCAGUGAUCAUGGUGGAUGAGCUGCUGUCUGCCUACCCACACCAGCUUUCUUUCUCUGAGGCUGGCCUUCGAAUUAUGAUCACAAGCCACUUUCCUCCCAAGACCCGGCUCUCCAUGGCCAGUCGCAUGUUGAUCAAUGAGAGACAAAGACUGAUAAACAGCAGGGCUUAUACCAAUGGGGAAUCUGAAGUGGCCAUCAAAAUCCCCAUUAAGCACACGGUAGAGAACGGAACAGGGCCCAGCAGUGCCCCUGACAGGGGUGUGAACGGAACCCGGAGAGACGACAUAGUUGCUGAGGCUGACAAUGAGACAGAGAAUGAGAAUGAAGACAAUGAGAACAAUGAGAAUGACGAAGAGGAGGAGGAGGAUGAAGAUGACGACGAAGGCCCCUACACGCCGUUCGACCCACCCUCUGGCAAACUGGAAACUGUGAAAUGGGCGUUCACCUGGCCACUGAGUUUUGUCUUGUACUUCACUGUCCCCAACUGUAACAAACCCCACUGGGAGAAGUGGUUUAUGGUGACAUUCGCGUCCUCUACGCUAUGGAUCGCAGCCUUCUCCUACAUGAUGGUGUGGAUGGUUACCAUCAUCGGCUACACCCUAGGGAUCCCUGAUGUCAUCAUGGGGAUCACCUUCCUGGCUGCCGGAACCAGCGUGCCCGACUGCAUGGCCAGCCUCAUUGUAGCCAGACAAGGGAUGGGGGAUAUGGCUGUGUCCAAUUCCAUCGGGAGCAAUGUCUUCGACAUCUUGAUUGGGCUCGGUCUUCCCUGGGCUCUACAGACUCUGGCUGUGGAUUACGGAUCCUACAUUCGGCUGAAUAGCAGAGGACUCAUCUACUCUGUGGGCUUGCUCCUGGCCUCCGUCUUUGUCACGGUGUUUGGUGUUCACCUGAACAAGUGGCAGCUGGACAAGAAGCUGGGCUGUGGAUGUCUCUUCCUGUAUGGCGUGUUCCUCUGCUUCUCCAUCAUGACGGAGUUCAACGUGUUCACCUUUGUGAACUUGCCCAUGUGUGGGGACUAAUGAUUGGCCAGGCCACCUGCCGAGGCCCAAGUCCUUCUUUUCUGUGCAAUACGAGACCCGGCCGCACCCGAGUCAGGAGUCAGGCUGCCCCUCAACAGCCGCAGCGUCCGUCUCUCCCGUGCUGUCCACAGGCCUCUGAUCCUGUCCUGGUGGCCUAGGCUCUCCCUGCCACCUCCUUUGCUCCCCAACUUCCUUGGUCCUACCUCCCAGCCGGCCCCUCUCACCUGCCCACCCCAUUCCUGUCUCCUCUUCCGUGUGAAGACGUCCAACAUCCACAUGAAUUUUCAAGCUUCAUUUUUUUGAACAGUGACUGAGAUUCUAGAACAAAACUGGCUGCUAACUGGCCCAAGCCAGGCACAACUUACUCCAGUCCCUCCUCCUUUUUUUAAGUUAUUUCACAGAAGAUACCCUAAUUUAUGACCAGAGACUUUGAGGAAACAGGAGAGGAUCCACUGGUGGCAGGAAGUGUUGGGUUUGUUUUGUUUGGGAGUGAGUCCUAGGUUACUGGGCUUGGGAAAUCAUUUAAUUUGAGGGGGCUCUUUUGUUUCUUCACUUUUCUUUCAGAGACAGAGAAAUUCCCUCGCGUCUUCUUUCACUGGGCUCUGGCUUAAUAGCUGAUCCACAGAUUGUAUUGAGUGUCUCCUGGGGUGGAGGGGUGAAUCCCAGGGCACGAUGGGAAUUUAAUAAUUAGUUGGGAAACCACUGAGCAAGACCACCAGGAACAAAUGCAUGACAUGACAUUUUUCUGCCCAAGGACACAUCACUAAAGUCCUGAAGGCUUCACCUGGGGGUGGGGGGCAUAAGGUGUUAGAGGAAGAAACCUGCUUCACACAUGUUCACUAUGACCAUCUCUUUCCCACUAGGUUCUUUCUGGUUUUUCAAGCAAUAGUUCUCACCUGCCUAAGGCCUUUGACAGGGAGGCCCUGGCUAACUGUCCAUAAGGACACCAGGUACCAGGCAGUAAACGACAGAAACUUCCCCAGCGUGUGAGUCCUUGAAAUGUGCUCUUGUUGCUUGGCAUUUGUGGUGACAGGGAGUGAUCCCAGAGGCCAUCACUGUGCUCUGGACAGAAGUUACAGACACUGGUUUCUUGGAAAAUGAGGAGAAGCACAUUUUGCACAGAUGUCGUCAAUGAAGUCCCAAUUUGCCACUUGGUAUCGAGUACACUGGACCCUGACAGCUGGCUCUUGAGUAAAUGUCCUUCCUCACAGGAUGCCACCAACAAGCUAGCCAGUUUUACCCCUCCCCUCCCCUCCCGGAGGGAUAGCCAGGGAAUGAGGAAGCAGAGAACUGCUGCAUUGAAAACCACAGAAUGGGUUCACCUCAGACUGGCUCAAGGGCACAAGUUAUUGUGAACAUUUCGCCAAUCACUGCUCAACCGCCCUGCUAGAUUUUCUAUGACGCUGAAUUAUUAUGCAGAAUAACUCCAAGUUGAGAUACACCCAUGCUUGUUACACUUGUAUUUAUUGAAACUGUGGAUUCUUGCCCGCCCGUGCUCUCCCCUGUAUUUACGUUAAGCACUGAUCACUUAUCAUCCAUUCGGUAUGGUUUUCCCAGUCCCUUGUACACAUCCUGGUUUGAAUUGUAAAAAAUAACCUGCUACAGACUGGUUGAAUGUUUCUGUCUGAGCUGCAAGCCAAGGGGCAGCGUCAACCAAGGACCAGGAGUGGAAAUCACCAAUUUGGGCUCUCGGAGCUAAGACACACUUACUGAUUUGGUUGCACAUUUUGCACUGGUUUAUGGAGAUUGUUUUCUUGGAUGAAUGGUGUAAAAUAAACUUCUCUGUUCUGUAUCCUCCCUCAAA